AUGGAGCUCCGUGAACGCGCCGAACAGAUGAUUAAACCGCAGACGCCCAUAGUCAUUCCUUCUGUGACGCGAAGCAUCCGUCAACUAACCCGCAUGGAACGCCUCGCAGCGAAUCGCCGCUGGCUACGCGGGGCGAUGUGUUUUUUGGCUGUUAUCUGCUACGCUCUCUCACUCUUUGAGGAAGGCAGGGUUGUCACGCAUUCCAUUAUUCUUCUCUUCUCACUGGCGGGGGAGGUGGCCAUUGUGUGCAUACAUCGUGUGAAGGCAAAAUUUCACGGCAUAACAAACCGGGCGAGUGGGAAGAGGCGUGAAGUGAGUGUGUUUCACUCCCCCUCUCUUAUUAAUAUGUUAUUGGAGAUGCUUGUAUGGAUCCUUCAAUGCCCACCGCUUCCAGAUGACAUGAACCCUGAGUGGCUUGUGGGGCUGGAUGGUUUUUUGAUUCUUCGUUUCUAUGUCUUUCUCCUGUAUGGGACGCAUGUCGCGCACACAUCCGUUUUCUCACACGCCAUUGCAAGUCUCGCUCGCAUCCGAUUAAACUAUCGAUUUUUCAUUCGAACGGCCUUUCUUCUUGAGCACCUCGCUGUGACGCUGUGUGCCGUUGCUGCUGGAAUAUUCAUCUUUGCUUGCUCCUACGCAAAGGCAGAAGGGGCGACCCUCGGUGAAUCGUUUUAUUUUUGCGUCAGCACUGCCUCACUCGCUGGAUAUAGUGAGACAUCACCUGUCACCUUUCCAGGACGUGUAAUCGCGGUGUGCGUCACCCUGCUUGGUGUCAUUGUACUCUGCUGGACGGUGGGUGUCAUGAAUGAGGCGCUCUCGCUGACGGAAGCAGAGCGCAACCUGUACACACUCUUCCGCAACAAUGAGCUUUGCGGCAAAAUCCCACCGCAGGCGGCACGUCUUAUUCAACGCACCUGGAAACUUUAUCGGGCAAAGCGGGAUCGACAUAAUUUCAUCUCGCGCCAAAUUGCCGCCUUUCUUCUAUCUCAACAAGUCAUCACAUACCGUGUAAUGCGGCGAGCACUGAUGCAGUAUGAAACCGCUUUUCUUCGUUCCACACGUACACUUGAAGAGUGCCUGGCGUCUGACUCAACAUUUGGAUCGAACAGCACCACGCCGCUUGCGUCAAGCAACACAACGCCUCUUGGUUCUCCACGAACACGACGACCGUUUCCACUGUAUCAAGAGAUGCGUCUAAAGCGGGACUCACGCGCAUCCACCCCGCGCGGAGACGAAUUUCUGCAAGAGUUUGGUAAUGAAUUCUCGAGUCAUAGGAGUGAAAGGAAUCGCUUCGUGUCGACACCGCAUUUACCGACCACACAACAACAAGUAACUGCUGCCGUGCCUGGCAUGGUGGAGCUGGAGUUGCGCCUCUCCAGGCUUGAAAAGUCACUAGAGGCGUUGGCAACUACCGCUGAGAGCCUGCGGGGACACUUUGGCGUCAUCUCCAGUGUUUCUGUGUGA